AUGGUGAUGGGAUUAGUGGCCAGCCAUGCAAAUGCAAUAACAUGUACAGAAGCCAUAUCAACCCUAAUGCCAUGCAAGGAUUACCUUAUCGGCAAAUCCAACUUUGUUUCCGUCCCAUGCUGUACCGGCGCAAGCGCACUCAACGGCAAAGUGAAAACGAAGCCGGAGCUUAAAAGCAUGUGCGAGUGCCUUAAGCAGGCUGCCGCCGCAUUGCAUGUUAUUCCCGAAAGAGCUAAGAGUCUUCCGGCCAUUUGUAAAAUCACUACUCCUAUCCCUAUUGACCCUAAUGCCGACUGUAACAGCAUCUGA